AUGGAGCUGCAGCCGGUUCUCGUCAAUCCGACGCCAGUUGUGCACGCGGGGCAAAGGCUCCAGCAGCGAAUUGUUGACUGGAGUAAAGCAUCUCAAUAUUCGCAUCGAAGUUCUGAAGAUCUUGAUAAAAUCGACGCCAAUGAGGUUUUCGAGCAUAUCAAGGAUAUAAGUGACCCUGAGCAUCCUUUUAGUCUAGAACAGUUGCGCGUGGUAAACGCGAAAUAUUUAUUGGUUUCGAAAGUUAUUUUCCGAAUACAGGUGACAUUCUCACCUACUGUACCUCACUGCAGUAUGGCGACUUUAAUCGGCUUAUCUAUCCGCGUUAAGUUGUUGCGCGCUUUGCCUCGCUGUUUCAAGCUAGACAUCUUAGUCAGGCCGGGCUAUCAUUCAUCACAUGAAGCUGUCACCAAACAGAUAAACGACAAAGAACGUGUCGCGGCGGCACUAGAGAAUACGAAUCUUCUUCAGAAGGUUGACAGCUGCUUGGAUGGCAAGACUGCGUUGUGA